CUCGCCGCGAGCUGUUGUCGUUCGCGCCCGGAUAACGACGAUAUUUAAAAAUAAAUAUAUGUAUAUGUAUAUCUAUAUACAUCAAAAAUUGUUUUUUGUGUUGUCAGAAAAUGAAAAUGUGACAAGCAAGCAAAACCGUUAAAGAAAUGUUUCAAUCGGAAGAGAGAGAGAGAAAGAGCGGGCGAGCUAGUGAGUGAGCCAGCAAAUAGCGCCUAAAUGUUAGCCUAGGAUAAAGUUAAGAAUGAAUUUGAUGUAAAAACGGAGUUAACAGCGAUACCCCGCAAUGUGUUCACACGCCCCUGCUCCACACUAAAUCUUAAGUGCAACAACAAGAAAAGUUCAUCACAAUCGUCUAAUGUAAUGUAAUGUAAUAACAUAGUGCAAGUAUCCAAUAAGCAUAAAUACAAACACAUACACAUAUGUAAAUGCGUACAUAGAAGCAUGUGUAAGUAACAACAACAACAACAACAACAGAUUAAAUCAAAACAAAACAACGCCGCUGCAUCUUGAAUCAAAUAUAAAUUAAAAAAAAAAGAGAGUGCAUAACAUAAGCUUAAAGCCCAACUGCAUCGACGUGUGAGUUAACACUUAAGAGAGAAAUCCACGCAACAACAACAACAGCAACUUAAAAGCCAGGCUCAACUGUUAAAGCUCAACUUGGCAUCGCUCGCUGGCAGAGCAUGGAUUACGCCUUUAACAUAGCAGCAGCAGCAGCAGCCGCGCUUAAACAAGAGCUAACAAUAGGAACACAUUAAAUGAGCGCCAGCCGGCCACAAAAAUGCCGCCGCUGCAAGGACGUCGACAGUUGAUCACCCGUCUUGCCCGCGUCCACAGAGUCAAUGUGAAUAUUGGCAGCUACAUUAAUCGCAACGCGACAAAAACAAAAACAAAAACACGAACAAAACCAAAACCAACAAGCAUCAAAACAACAAAGGCAACAACACAUCAAAUACGAACCAGAGACAGAUUCAGAUUCAGGAGCAGCACCGACCAUAGGCAGCGCAGCACAGACGAGGGCCAUUUCCAUCUACGCGGAGCGGGACUUGCAGCCGUAGAAGUUGCCACAGCAGAAAUUGCCGCUGCCUCGCGUGCAGUUAACGGGACAUGCCAGGCAGAGGAACUGCAUAUUGCAAGCAAUCGUCGUUUGGCAGGAUCACACAAAACAGUUCAUAGAGGGAAUGACGCAGGCAUUUCUUUUGCAGCGUUGGACUUUCGUUUUAUAAGCAAGGCAAUAGCAAGUGUAAUUGCGAAACAGCAAGAAGAGAAACAAACGAAAAAAGGAUCAAAAUCACAGCAGCAACAACAACAGCAGACACAGCAGCAGCAGCAGCAGCAGCAGCAGCAGAGACAAAACGCCUACAACUAUGCCUGGCCCGGCGCUGUGGUCCG